AAAUCCAAAUGAUGAAUAGAACUUGGCGGAUCUCACAGAAGGUGAAGAUAGGGGCAUGACAGUUCUGUUUGGAAAUGACCUUAUGAAAAUUACGAUUUUUAAAAUAUAUAGUGAAACCAAAUGUGGCAGUCGCGAUCUAAAUAAUAAAAAAUAAAAUAGCAAUUCGUUCAACACUGCAUUUGGUUGUACUAACAUUAACCUGGGCACUUUGCUGUGGUCAGAAGAUGCAAAAGCAAAAUUGAUGGUCAGGAAUACGCCGCCAAGUUUAUAAGAAAGAAGCGAGCUCAGGCCAGUAGGAGAGGAUUGUCCAUGGAGGACAUCAAGAGAGAGGUGGGAAUUCUCCAAGAGUUAGAUUCGCAUCCCAACGUUAUAACUCUCAAGGAAGUUUUCGAUAAUUCUAGCAACGUUAUUUUGGUCCUCGAAUUGGUUAAAGGCGGAGAAUUAUUCGAUAUUCUUUUGGAGAACCGAUUUUUGCACGAUAGGGAGGCAUCACAAUACGUUAAACAAAUUUUACAGGGGUUAGGUCAUCUACACUCAAAGCAUAUCGGCCAUUUGGAUCUUAAACCAGAAAAUAUUAUGAUCAAAGAUAAAACAACGAACGAUAUCAAAAUAAUAGAUUUUGGAUUGGCCAGGAAACUCAAGGGGACAAACGUGCCUAGGGAAAUGAUGGGUACACCCGAAUUCGUAGCUCCUGAAAUUAUAAACUUUGAUCCGAUAUCAUUAGCCACCGAUAUGUGGAGCUUGGGUGUCAUAACAUAUAUACUUUUAAGUGGUGCUUCCCCAUUCCUAGGAUCUAACCGCCAAGAGACCUUCGAAAAUAUAGUUAAAAUCGAUUUUUCAUUCGAUGACGAAUAUUUUUCUAAGGUGAGCCAGGGAGCCAAAAACUUUAUAACCAAAUUAUUGGUAUCGGAUCCCAGGAAAAGAUUGACUGUUAAAGAAUGCCUCAAUCAUUCCUGGAUAAAAGGAUCUAGUCCUCUGAAAUCCCUCCAAUAUUUGCCACUGAUUACACCCAAUCUUGUCUCUUUGGAUAAUACCCACGAUAUCGAUAAUUGCAAUAAUAACAAUAAUCAUAAUUUUAAUGUUUCAAAUAUCUCGAACGAAAUCCACUCUUACGGAAACGAUAAAAAUGGAAAACAUAUCGAUUUGAUUCUAAAGGCUGACACCCCAACUAACAUUGAAUUUAAUAACAAGGCGUUAGAAGACCCAACGAGAGCAAAGGAUUCCCAUGAAACUUCUGAAGAUGAGAACCUUGAAUAUAGUUUGGUGGCUCAUAAUACUGUGAUAGGAUAUGAUUCAGAUAGAAAUACUGACUUAUUUAACAACGUUAAUAAAACUAUUCGAUAUUCAUGGCAAAAAUCGGCAAAAUUGGUUAUCAUUUACCUUAGGCUUUUCAAUGAAAUUCCCGUUGAUGAGUAUUUAUCUUUAUUCAAGGCUAACAAGGCACUAUAUGCCAAUUUUUCGCUAUUGAAAUCACACCAGAAGGUACUUACGAUAAUGGAACAAAUUGGAAAGGAAACCUUAUUUGCCGCUUUUCUUUGCGCAUGUAAAAGUGGAAAUUUACUAGCCGUUCAGGAAUUAUUUGCUUUGACCAGCAUUGAUCUCAAUUCACUAUCCGAUGAUGAAGGUGAAUCUGGCAUAAUUAUGGCCAUCAAAUACGGAUAUUUGGACAUUGUCAAGUUCUUGCAUUCUCAAAAAAUUGAUAUACACGCUAAAAACAAACACGAGGAAACUUGCUUAUUCUCCGCGGUAAAAAAUGGGCAUUUAUUGAUUUUGCAAUUCCUUCUCGACAUCGGUUGCGAUGUAAAUCAUAAAAACAAGAACGGCGAAACGUGUCUUCAUGUAGCCAUCAAUUUGUGCCUGACGGAUGUUGUUGAAAUUAUUUGUAGACAUCCAUCUACAGAUCCUAAUAUUCAGGAUCAAUUAGGUGAUUCACCGUUGCAUUUAGCUGUGUGGCACGAUUUGGUAUCUAUUGUCCACAUUUUGUGUUGCAACUCCGCCAUUAAUAUCAAUAUUCAAAACAAGAAAGGAGAAACGCCAUUUCAUAUAUCAGCCUCGCAAAUUAACGGGUCCGCAUGUCUCAAAAGAUUGCAAGAAGCUCAAAUCAGUUCUGAUUCUUUGAAUAUUGGUUGUACGGAAUAUGGUUUUACUCCUCUUCAUUGUGCUAUAGCUAAACUCAACAUCACUUGCGCGCUUAUGUUAAUAGACGCGGGUUGCACGUUGGACAGACCAGAUCGGAAUGGUAAUAUGCCAAUUCAUUUGGCUUGUAAAGAAGGUCUGCUUAUAGUCAUUCAAACAUUGUGCGCUUAUGGGUGCAAAGUCAACGUCCCGAAUUUCAAAGGUUUCUAUCCCAUACAUAUAGCGGCUCGAUACGGAAAACUAGAAAUUUGUAGAUGCCUCUGUUUAGCUUGUUGUGAUAUUUCUGUUAGAAUAGGCCUUAUUUGCAACUCAUUUACUUCGACCAUUGACAAUGCCCAUAUGUCAUUGAACGCUUGUGAGUUAGCCAUAAGUUAUGGACAUCAAAAGGUUGCCGACCUUUUGGGGAAAUUGAUGGAACACGAUACAGAAACCCUAGAUGACGUUAAGGAAACUAAGAACGGAUGCAACUCCAUCAAACAUAGAUUGUCCUUCAAGGCAGUGAAGAAAAUACCCAACUUGAACAAUCGACCUAUAAAAUCUAAUUCCACUUCAUACCCUCGCGCUCAUUCCAUACAUGCCCGAUUUAUUAGUCAAUUACUACCACUCACCGAUGAUUCUAGCGAAGAUGGUUUCGUUACUUCUCUAAAAUCGGAAUUUAAUAAUCGUAUCAAGCUUAAAAUCUUGGGGGAACCUGGUUCCGGAAAAACCGCUUUUACACUUAGAUUAAGAUCCCCUCCCGCAUUUUUAGCCAAUCUUUCACCUGUCUCUUCUCCUUUGAGACGCCUAUCCCGCAAUAGCCGGAAAAAUCUAUCAAAUUACUCCUUCGCUAAAUACAAAAAUAAUGAGGAGAAUUUGAGCUAUGGGGAUGGAAAAGAUAUUUGCGAAGCGAAUGGACCAAGUGGGCGAGGGGCAACUAAUAUUGUUAGAUCAGCGUCCCAAGUCAAUUAUCGCUUCAAAAUCGAUCUGCGCUCUAACCCUAACUCAAAUGCAUUAGAGACUAAAAAAAGGAGGUCUUUCUACAACCGGCUGAGACAAGGUUCCUUCUCUCACAAUCAUGAAAAUAACAUCAAUAACCCAAAUAACAAUUUAUUUUCGAAAUUAGCCAAUAAUCCUAUCACUAAUUUUUACAAUCACCAUUAUCGUGGGAGCAGCUGUGAAGACAUUAAAAAUUACAUACCGACUCAAGGGAUAUUUGUUCAAAACAUUAACUUACCCGGUGCAGGAGAAUACAGUGCUUGGGAUUUUUCGGGCAACCCCAUAUAUAGACAGGUAUACGAUCAUUUCAUAGGGGAUAUUCACAGCGUUCACGCGAUAGUUUUCGAUGCCAGCCAAUCCCUUGCUUGUAUACUCAAGGACAUAUUCUAUUGGUGCGAUUUUUUAAGGGCUCGUUUUAAUAAUAACAUCGCCGACCAGUAUUUGAAGGAUAGGGAAGGGAAUUCGUUAACCAGAAAUUUAUUGAAUCACCAAGGACGUAAUCGAAAACGGAUCCCCUUGAUAAUAAUAGGCACUCGGCUGGACAAAUUGCUUGCUCCGGCCACAAUUCCUUCCUUAGAGAUUUUGAGGAAACAAAUUUUAUCCCGGAUCAACCAAUCCAUACCUCGCCUUAUCCUUGAUUUCGAUCUGUUUCCAAAAAUAUUCUUUUUGAAUUGCAAAAUCGUCCCUGACAUUACUUUGAAUAAUAAUUGUGGCACGAUGAACGCGAAUUUUAAUGGUAAUUCCUCUUCUGCCAAUAGCAACUACAAUUGUAAAAGUAACAAUCAGAACGAUGGGGACUAUAAUCAUAAUGGCAACCAAGAGGAACACUGCUUUUCAAGUCUUAACAAUACGGUAGCUAAUGGGCUCAUAGUUGACAAUUUCAUCAAUACUGAAUGGUUAGAACUCAUGGAGUACCUGGAGCACUCUAAAUAUCAGAUCGUUCAGAAACUGCCAAAAGCUACCGGUCUUUUACAAAACACACUAUCGGCUUUGAAUUCUUGGAGAAAACUUUACGGUAAUUGUCCCGUUAUGCCCUGGCCCUUAUUCAUUGAACACAUUCAUCAGUAUGUCAAUUGUUUAGCAAGUUUUGAUCAUUUGAAAGAACUCAUAACUCAACUCCAAUUUAUGGGAGAGGUCCUAUAUAUAAAGUGUCCUAGCAAGAGGGAUCUUGUGGUUAUGGAUCCAGCAUGGUUAUGUUCCGACAUUAUAGGAAAGUUAUUUGUCUAUCAAAAUGAUCAAAUAGAUAAUUACGUAGUUCCGCGACUGAACAUCGACGAGAUCGCAUAUGCCUUUCGCGAAUUCGAUAUAGUCGAACUUUUGCCUCUCCUCGAAGCUUUACAACUAUGCACGCAGUACCAAAAUUCGACCUAUUUUGUAGAUUAUAACCAAGAUCAUCGAAAUAAGCCAGAACAAAAUAGAGUAGAUCGCAAAGAAUCGACGAUCGAAUAUGAGUUUAACUGUUUAAAUAGUCAGGUAUUUGGCCGACUCAUCAAUCAAGGGCUCUGUAGCGACGUCAUGACGAAAUUUUGUCUGCCAGCAUUUUCUUAUCCACUUAAAAAUCUGGGUGAAAUGCUGUACGGCGGUUACAGAAUAUUGCCAGUCAUUUCAGAUAACGUAAAGUGCUUUCAAACCAAUAACACGCAGUUACUGGAUAUAUUCCCAAGGAUUCAAAAUCGGUUCCGAUCUAUUCUUCAAGAACACGCUGACGAAGAACACAAUGGAUUAUUACAAUAUGCUACGGGGUCAAAGUUAAUCAGCGAUACUUUAGAAUGUUUGGUAAAUAUCAUCCCUUUACCCAAUUAUAAUCUAGCAACUGAUAAAUUUGUUAUAUACGAAAAGAACUCCGAUCCUAACAACACUGAUUCCAGUGACGUCGUAUAUUGCUUAGACAUACUAGCCAAAGGUCCCGCUAACAUAAAUUCGACCCUAUUUUACUUUUUAAACGAUGUGGUAGAUAUCGUAGAGGACGUCACCAGUUCAGCACUUCCUUCCACUCCUUUUAGAAGAUCUGUGUUUGACCCAAUAUCUUUGAAAAAAUUUUUUUUUUCUAGGCCUGAAAAUAGCGGAAAUUAUGCCAAAAAUUAUUCGUCAUGUUCCCAAGAUUAUCAUACUGAUAGUACGUAUCGACUAGAUUUAGAUUGUGAAGAGAAUAAUCCGGAGUUACGUAAAAAAAUAUUUAAUAUCUACUUAGCCAUUCCUUGCUAUUCGGCUAAAGAUCUCUAUCAGUCACACUUGUCAAUUUCCAGGGGCGCUUUAGGAGAUGUGAUUAAGGAUGAUAAAGGUUUGUGGUUCCAGAAUUGUUCAAAGAAGUACACGGAUAUUAAUUUACCCAUUAAUCAUCUUAAAACUAAUAUUAACCAAUCUGCUAACAUUAAUGACAAGCCUUUUGAAGCUAAUGAACUCGAGAUUUAUAAUGGUAUCGACAAUAAAGUCUGCCUAAGCAACAGCCCUGAUGAUCUUAACUUUGACUCUCGCCACGAUUGGAAUGACUCUUACAGCAUUUAUAACACUGUAGACUUUGUAAGUACGGAAAACGACUCUACCAUUUAUGAUACCCACCAUUCUUUAAAUAUAGAUAGAAAAAAUGAUCGGGAUAGCGUAAUAACCAAAAAUGAUAUCCAAACCUCUUAUGACAAAGAUCACUACAAAAUAAAAAUAUCAGAAUCUGCACCUAUAAAUAACGAGGGUAGCCACAAAAUCUUAAAAGUUAAUAUUAAUUCAAACGAUGAAUAUAACCUCGAGUCUUCCAAUGAGCAAACAAAUCAUACGACACUACUUUCUCGAUCUUGCUGGAACUCUCGCGAUAUACAAUCCAUCAUAACGCCUUGGUGGGAAUUACCAUUUUUCUCGAAUCAUUUCUCAAAUUUUCCAACCCCAUGUUACCUGACCGGAAAUGAAUGUGAAUACCAGUACCCCAAUAUAGUUAAAAGACUAUGUUUUGAAUUGGAUAUUGCUGACCCUUUAGGAAAAGAUUGGUGCCUAUUCGCAGUGUCCUUAGGACUGGCCAGCAUAUUGCCAAUAUUAGACUCCUGUAGGCACAAUGGUAUAUCGGCAGUUAACAAAGAAAAUACAUUUGAUGAAUGCUGCGGACAUUCUGAAAAAGUAAUUAAUGAGAUAUUUAUCAGCGAUUUAUAUUUGGAUCAAUCUGGUAUCGAAACUGAUAAUAAACACGACGCCGCCUAUUGUGAUCUUGUUAGUGAUAUCGAUUUAAAUAACGUGAAUAAGAAAAAUAACGAUGGACAAACUGAUAGUCAAACUAAUCAUAACCAAGAGUCGCCAACGCCCGAUUUCAGUAAAACUCAACUCAUAAUAAACGAAUGGCAUAAACAUACUAACGAUGAAACAUAUGAAAUUAAUCAUAUGAUUAACAAACUUAGCAACAAUCAAAGAACCUCACCUAAUUAUCGAUUGAAUAAAACUCUGGGAAAUUUGGUUAAAUUAUUAUCGAUGCCUUGUGAUAGACAGGAUCUAGUUGAGGCAUUAUUUCAAUUGGUACCUUUGUUUGCGAUUACAUCUAGAGAAGAAUAAUAAAUAUUAAUAUUUUUAAAACAAAUUGUCUUAUCGAAUUUGUAUUUAAGAAAUAUGUAUUCAAUGCAAUUUUUUAAUAAAAUAUAUCCUUUAUGAUGAACACUUGGGAUGUUAUAGACAAAUUUUAAAUU